AACAAAUUUCUUCUUCAGUCCCCUAAGCGUUACAUGCUCUUAACAAAAACCCCCAGAAAAACAAAAUUAUUAUACUGAACCGUGCCGUUUCAACAAAAAUGCGCUCGAAAGCCCUAAUUAGGCUCGUCACCGUCGCAACUUCAAACCCCAUUUCUCGCCCUCUUUGCACCGCCGCUGCGGCGACCGGAACCCAGAAACUCGAGCGCAUAGCCGAUCAACUACUAGACCUCACAAAGAUCGAGAGACACGACUAUGGCAUUCUCUUCCGCCACAAAAUGGGUCUCCAUCGCUACGGUCCUGCAAUCUCCGCGACCGGCUUGUCCGGAUCAUCUGGACCCGGAUCCGGGUCUGCAGAUGCGAAACCAGCCGCUGCGGAGAAGACGGCAUUCGAUAUAAAGCUGGAGAAGUUCGAGGCGGCGGCGAAAAUAAAGAUUAUUAAAGAAGUGAGAUCGUUUACUGAUUUGGGUUUGAAGGAAGCUAAAGAUUUAGUUGAGAAAGCGCCUGUUGUUUUGAAGAAGGGUGUUACUAAAGAUGAGGCUAAUCCAAUUCUUGAGAAGCUUAAAGAAUUGGGUGCUACUGUGGUUCUUGAAUGAAUGAAUUCUUGAUUUUGUUUUUGUAAUUUUUGUGUUUUUAGUGUAGAAUUAAAAAUAAUAUAGUUUUGAGUACAAUUGACCAAUUAAUGAUUCAAAAGUUUCUUGAAA